AUGGUGAAGCAGUUGGAAGAAGACAAGUUCUCCUCAGAAAGUAUAACUCGGGAGUUGGCCGGCCCUGCUCUGGAAUCUGGUGUCCACCUUCUGUUUGACCUUCAUGAUCGAACGUUUCAGGCCCUGCCAGAAUUCCUGGCCGAAAAUGGAUACAAGGACAUCAGUGAUAGCCAAAACGGCAUUUUUCAGAAGGCAUUUGGGACCGAUCUUGCCUGUUACGAAUAUCUUGCCCUGGACACAAAGCUCCAGGGCCAGUUCCAAGAUUCCAUGGCGCUCCACUCGCCUACUAGCGGAGAUUGGCUCUCAGCGUUGCCAGGACAUCUGGUCGAAGAGACCCCGGCCCUGGAACAUGACCCUGUUCUAUUCGUUGAUAUUGGUGGAGGCAUGGGCCACCAAAGUAUUCGACUGCGCGAGAGGUACCCAAAUGCUAUUGGCCGUGUUAUUCUCCAAGACAUGCAAGUCACCAUUGACCGAAUUUCGAAACCCAUGCCACAUGGGGUUGAGGCUAUGGUGCACGGCCUCUUCGAUCCCCAGCCCGUGAAAGGUGCAAAGUUGUACUACCUCCGUAAUGUUCUCCAUGGUCUUCCUGACCGCGACGGCGUUACCGUUUUGGAAAACAUACGCACCGCCAUGAGUCCGGAGUCACGCCUCGUUAUUGACGACAUCGUCGUCCCCGGACAGGGUGCAUCUAGGGAAAUUUGUCAACUUGACUUCAUCAUGAUGGCGUCAAUCGCGGGAAAGAAACGAACAAAGGGCGAAUGGCAAAGCCUGCUUGAUGCCGCGGGGUACAAGAUCGUGGAUAUUUGCACUUAUGAUUGGGUGGCACAUGAUUCCUUGAUCAUCGCGUCACUUUAG